CAGUUACUGUCUCUUUUCUCUCACAUUUGAAGGAGGCUCUUCUUAUUCUAGUCUACACUCAUCGGCUGCUCCUGUUAGAUAGAGUCAUGUCUGAAGCUAAUUUGGAGAAAGAUUUGAAUGCUACAGGGGAUGUGUUCAAGUACCUCCAUGGCAGUAUGAAGGCCAGCUUUCCUCUUUGGGAAGAUUUCAUUCGACGUGGCCAUCGGUUUCAAAGAACACUGGAGCAACUCAUUGUGUCUUUUAAUUCAUUCUUGGAUGGAUUUGCUAAACUUGCUGAUGCUGCCAGUCAGUCUAAAGGUGGGACCAAAGACAUGGGAAUGAACCUAACUAAUAUAAUAAGGUGGCAUAGAGCAGUUGAGCUCAAAAUAAGAGAAAUAAACUAUUCAUUGUCUAGUAAGCUCUUGACUCCAGUUGGUAACAGAAUUGAUGAAUGGAAGAAGUCUCUGUCUAGUUUGGAUAAGGAUCAUGAUAAAGAAAUGAGUCGUGUUGUCAAGGAGACCAAAGAAUCCAUUAAAGGGACUAUUAAAGUUGGGAAGACGCUGGAAAGCAAAAGAAAGAAAGACAAAGUUACUGGAGCACUCCAGCAGCAGUUUGAUCAACUGCAACUUGAUACUGACAAUAAGAUUGCUGAUACAGAGUUAAAGGAGAGAGUCCACAUGAGUCGUUUGAUGGUUGAGGAGAGAGUUUGGUUUGCUUCUCUCAGCAAUGCCUUCAAAUCAGUUUUGGACAAUGAAAUGACUUUAGCUAGUGACUUGGAGAGACUACCUGAACUGGUUGAAGAACUAAAGGAAUCCACAGGAUCUCCUUCAAUACUGCCCGAGGGUAUCAGGGACUAUGUGGAGAACUGGCAGAUUCCUCCAGUAGCUAAAGGGAAGUUGGUUUCUCAAGGCUCCUCAAUGAGUUUAAGAUCUGGUUCAUUCAGUUCAUUGGACCAUUCCUCCCAUUUAUCAGGAUCAACUCAAGAGAUGAACAUAUCAGCUCCAGUUCAUACAUUGGGCCCUACACUGGCUCAACCGCCCACACAUACUAACGAGUAUCAUCAGCCAGUUAAUCAGACUGUACCUCCUCCCCCUCCUCCUCAUGCCCCACCUUCUGUUGCCACGACAAUGUAUAAUGCCACACCUACUCAUUCCAGUUACCAUGCCAACCAGCCCCGCCCACUACCCGAGGAUCAUUAUGAUGUGCCAGUUGCUUCCGCUCACGUGUCAGUCUCGCCUUCUCAGGUUGUUAACACCGUUAGUUUGGUAUCAAGCAGUUCUCACUUCAGUGCCGAGUCCAAUAAUUCAUCAACCAGAAGUGCCAGUCCUCCUUAUUCUCACCUCCACCCUCACCUGGCUCCGCCCAAUACUGACCACACCCACCCACCUCUAGCCAGUUAUUAUACUCAAGCCCCAAUGACCACACCCCAUGUGGCCCCACCCACAGAUUAUCGUAUGAGGACCAUUGAAACAGAUCUCGAGCGUCCAAACCAGUUCAACAGGAACCCUCCGCCCAUUGAAUCUUCUAAUUAUAUUCCGGCUACCUUGCCCCGCCCACGUAAAGGGACAUUCCCCUGUCCUCCUACUCACCCAAAACCAACCCGCACUUACUCCGGCAGCCAAUCAAGUGCCACACCUCUAGCCCCACCUCCUGUCCCACCCACCUCUAAUGACGAUGAUGAUGAAAGUGGAAUGAGUGCUUUUGCUAUUGCCCUCCGUAACAAGCAACUCAAGAGAGCAGCCACAGUUAGUGACCGCUCGGCGCCUAAAGUACAUUAAGUAUACUGGAGUCUACUGAAGUGUACUGGAGUAUACUGAGACUGCUAUUUAUUGUAGUGACAAAAGAUUGUGUGUAUAUUAAUAGACUGUAAUGUACUGACGUGUUAAUUAUUUUAUUAAUUAUUAUUAAUAUCAUUAUCAUUAUUAUUAUCAUUAUUAUUGUUUAGAGUGAUUGAUAUUGUUUUUGUUAUGACUUUUGACGAAAAUUGGUUUCCCUCUCCUGCUAUGAUUAAUAGGUA